UUUUUCAUCUGGGAGUGAAUCGCAUAGUUGUCCAGAAGGAUGUUUUUAUGCAUAUCGGCCUGCCGAAUACUUUUCACAAAUAGGCCACUGAAGUCGCGUAAUCUCGUUUUAAUAGCGGUGUUCGGUUCGUGUCUUGAAGGCGUUAGUUUUAUAAUCAAAAAGUCAUCAUCAUCACAACAGUAAAUGAAAUCGCUAUAGCAACUGGUUGCCACGGGUAACGAGGAAUCGCUAGGACCACUUGCGAGAACGAGGGAGAUUGGAGGAGCAAGAGAGAAAGACGGGGAGGGAUGUAGGAAUGGGUGUGUAGAGCGAAUUGUAUGACUCGGAAGGAAGGUGUGGGGAAAACAAAGUUAGAAUCGUCGUUUCCUUAAGUGGCUGUUGGAUUGCGAGAUGCUGAAGUGAAUAACUAACACCUCCACUUUUCUCCUGGAUAUUGAGCUUUCAUCAGGUCCGGCGUGGUGCGGAGCGCAUUCUCUGGAGUUCUUCGUGCCGACAGCACAAGGGUCUUUGUCAACUAAGUAACCUGCCGCACUCAAGAUGGCCGUCUGAAGUGGAUGCACAUGUAGGAGUCACAGAGCCGUGUGGCCUGAGACGACACACCUAAGAUGGCGGAGGACUUCCUGAGCAGCACCCUGUCGGCGUCAGAGCGGGCGGCCCUGCCUGCGCCCUCCUCCCUGACGCUGGAGCAGAAGGCGGCCUUCAUCUUUGUCCUGCUGCUCUUCGUCUUCCUUGGCCUGCUGAUCGUGCGCUGCUUCCGCAUCCUGCUGGACCCCUACCGCAGCAUGCCGUCCUCCACGUGGACCGACUACAUGGAGAAGGACACUUUCGACUAUCGCAUCGCCUGAGCAUCGCAGGAACGGGGAACCCCUGAGAGUCUCCCGGCGUUGUCCUCAGCCAUGUAACCUCUUCUUAACCCUUUAAAAGUUAAAAAAAAAGAACUUUUGUAUUCAUUAUUUUUAUUAAUGCCUAGCCAUUACACUGCUCAUCAGUGGGCAUUUUGAUUGUUUCACUCAGUAGAAAGAACACUAAAUGAGGAGUGUAUGUACAGCACAUCUCACCAAGCCUCAACGAUAAGACUGUUGAGCCUGGCAUUAAGUUGAGAGAAGAUGUAGCUAUAAAGGUGGAGAUUCCAGGUCAAAAAAGUACAAAUCCAGACCAAGAUUUUGUUUCAACCAGCCAGUUAAGUGCUCUUUGACUCUGACUCUAUACUCAACUGAUUGGUUGAAAUAGAAUCUUAGUCUAGAUUUGUACUGUCUAGACCAGCACCUUCCACCACUGUGCAGCUAUAGACUGUAGGUAGGUUGCAAUUAGCUAGUGGGAUGUAUUCAAAGGUUUCUAUGUGCUUAGAAACCUUCUCUUUAAUCCCUUUGCAUGAUUAUUGUCGAAAGACUUUUAUCUGAAAUCUAUGCUGAAAAUUGUGAUUAGUCUAACUGAAGAGCAAAUUUCCAAAUCUCACUCAGUCCCCAGGAUUCCUGGAGAGAAUAUAUUUGUAAGUGAGUAUCGUUUCCAUGGACUGAAUUUUGUACAUUUAACAAAAGUGCUUCGCUGGUGUACAUGAGGACUGCAAUCGAUUUGGUUCCCAGUACUGUAACAUAUGAUGCAGAAGCCUGACUUUAGGUCACUGGCAGUCUCAUCUCAAGCACAACCAAAAAUGGACAGAGUGAGUUUGGGAAAUUUGAUAUUCAGUACAGCUAAGAGAGGUAUCAGUUAGUCUCCCCACAACCCAGCCCUUAGCGACAGAGCAUCCUAAGGACCUGUCCGCACCAUACAAACGAGCUUUCUGUAAAAACACAGACAAGCCCCAGCAUGAUGAACAAAUCUGCAGAAGUUAAUGCCCCGGGCAGCCCCUCAGAGUGAGCCUUUUCUGCUCUAACUCACCGCUAACUUUCCGCAGCACAGUUUAUAGCAUACCUCUGUGGAAGGUGUGCAGUCGACUCUUAAACUCCCUUUUCAAUGGCACUGAAUAUUUUCCCUUUAAGGAUUACUGCGCUGCCACCUCAAAUAGCAAGCAGACAUGAAAGGUGUAGAAUUUUUAUCCCCUAAUCCACAGCCAAGUUUGCUGUUUGUAGUCCAGGGCUCUGUCAGUAUCAAACAUGCAGCAGAAGUCACCAUUAUAAGGAUAUAAGUGACGGCUUAGAUGACUAAUCAAAAACUCAGACUCUGCUGAGGUACAUUGGAUUUUGAAGAAGUACCCAAAAAGUGAAGUAAUUUGUUGGUUAUAGCACAGUUAUCAGGGACAAUAUGGUUUUAUCAGUUGAAGCUGAUGUGGGUAUGACACUUUAAUACAUUUGUGAGAUUUUCACCUUCUGCUGUUGAGUAAUUGUUCCUGAAUGAAGACUAAUGUCACCCCUCCAGGCUAUAGCCACUGAGGGAGAGAGGAAGCAGCCACACUAAUGCAGUGUUUCUCAAAUCUGGUCCUCAGGGACCCCCCUGAUAGUUCACGUUUUUUGUGUGGGAGGGAGCAAAAAUGCAGACUGUCUGGCAGGGAGCUGGGAGGGAGCAAAAACAUAGACUGUGGCAGGGAGCUGGGAGGGAGCAAAAACAUAGACUAAACGUCUGGCAGGGAGCAAAAACAUGGAUUGUCUGGAAGGGAGCUGGGAGGGAGCAAAAAUGUAGACUGUCUGGGGAUCCCUGAAGACCAGGUGGGGAAACACUGCAUUAAUGCAAAGCCAGCAGUGAAAUCGAACCCUUUUCAAAAUAGCAGAUUAUGCAAGGCAUGGAUAUCAGAAUGUGUGUGUUGAAGCAUCCAGAUGGGACCCAAUGAAGGUUCAAGAGCAUCAUUGUUUACAUGUUUAUAAAUAUGCAUAACAGCACGUCUUUGAGCUCAUGAAGGUGAUGCAGUUGGGGGGUCAAUGGGCCCUCGGGUCAACACCAAAGUUGGAGAUUCUCUUUCCCCGCUUUGCACUUGGAAGAAGUCCUUCGCACAUGUCUCAGACGUAAGCUGUAAUGUGUGGAUUAAUGGGGUUUACAUUUGGUUCAUGUUUUGCAGGCCGGCGUUAAGUCACAGAAUUUUAAACCGAUCAAGAAUGAAAAUAUGUGGAAUCGAUACAAUGAAGAACUAGAAAUUAAAAAAUGCUUUACAUACAAAACUUGGUUUUAGGCAACAAAACCUCCAUGGUGGGUAAAGAAUUUGCUGUAAAAUUCCAGAGGCAUGAUGCAUUAAUGUCAGGAGUUGAAUGGCGAGAUUUGCACAAGUGUGAGUCACAUUGAUUACGGAGCAAUCCCUUUAUCAUCAGUGUCUGUUACUCUUCGUCAGUAAAAGACCCCAUCAUCGGUACUCUGCCUUAUGAAACUGCUUGUUUACAGUGUGAGGCUGGCCAAGUUGUAACUGAAUCACCAUGGUUUCUGUCAUUGCUAAAACUUCAGUCAUGCCGAGGUUCUGUAGUACGUGUAGGUUCGCUGUACUGAUGGUGUGCAGUCAUGUGAUCUUCUGUACUUUGGUUCAUUGGCUGAUACAUGAGCACCUCUAGCACUAAGACUGUCUGCACAUUGAACACCUUCUCCCUCCAGUGCAUCGAGGAUGGUGACGGAAGUCCAAAGAACUUGCACUAUGUGAAUUUACAGCAUGGGGGAAACAGACCAGUCCGCAUCUCAUGCUAAGGUUUACUUUGCUGUUAUGGUCCAGCCUACCUUUAAAUCGCAUUUGGAAAUCUUCUUGAUAUCUGUAACUGUAUCUUUUUUUUGUAAUAAA